AUGGCUCUUAAUGCCCAUGACUCGGGUCGAAACGUUCAACAGUCCCUCUACGACCUGAAUCAAAAUGAUGCACUUGUCGCAACCGAACACAAAAUCGAUUACGAACCCGAGUACCUCUAUGAUCCCAUCUUCGCCACAUCCCAGAUACGUCUGAUUGAGUUCUCUGAGAUUCAACCUUCAUCAUCUAGCGUUAAUCUCUCGAUUCGUACUUUCUCGCUACGUGACAGCGAGUACCCGAGCUACGUGACUUUGUCGUACGUCUGGGGUUCUGGGGAGCUUUCUAAGGUAAUCAACAUAUCUGGAUCUUUACUUCGGAUUACUCAGAAUUUGUUCGAUGUGCUCAUGGCUCUCAGUUCUAUAGGUAAACCAUGGUGUGCCAGUGUAAUAGCCGAACAGCAUCGCUAUCGGUACUAUUGGGUUGAUGCCAUAUGCAUCGAUCAAAACAAUUUGCAGGAACGGGGUCAGCAGGUUUCUCUGAUGGGCGAAAUCUACAGCAAAUCCACAUGUACUUUGGUUUGGCUAGGCAGAGAAUACGACGAUAGCGGCCUCGCCAUCAACCUUAUCCGGAAGCUCGGCUCCAAACUCGCUGAGGACUUUCCAAAGGAAUGUGUUCAACAUCUGAUCUCGAAACCAGAAAACAAAGCUUCAUGGGUAGCCCUCCAUGAGCUCUUCAAACGACCAUAUUGGCAGAGGGCUUGGAUUCGUCAAGAGUACGUUCUGUCCCCGGAUCUGAUCUUCGUUUGUGGAGAUCACUGGUGCAAGGGAUUGGAGUUACAGAAUGCGCUGUUGUGGCUUUCUGAUACGCUCAACCUUUACACAGGUAUGGAUAAUCUGUUAGAUUUCCUCAAACAUAAAUCGAAGGAGGGAUACGCAACACUCAUCAUGGGAAAUCCGGGUUAUGAGGAGGCGAAAUCGGCGAGGCACAUGAGGGUUUGCUUGAAGAAUCUCAAAAUCCAACUGCCGCUACUUUGUCUUCUCGACAAGAGCAAAGGGGUUAAGUCCACUGAUGCACGAGACCGUAUAUUUGGAUUUCUUGGACUCGCAAGCGAUACUAGAUUACUCUUUCCGACACCCGGCUACACGACGAGCGUAUCAACAGUAUAUUCCGAACUGGUGAAAGCACAUGUCCAGCAAUAUCGAAUCUUGGAUAUCAUCUGUUUUGGAAGAUCUAAUCGGGUCGAACCAUCACUACCGUCUUGGGUACCAAACUGGAGCGGUGAAACGUAUGGUGUACACUACAUGGUGUCUCAGCUGAAUCAUUUGCAAGAACAUCAGGAACUGAUGAAAAUAAAGAAAAGAGGAGAUUGGGAUAUUCCAGCGCCCUAUCUUGCAUCUUCAGACAUACCAGCCAAGGUCAACUUCUCGCCAGAUAUGGCAUUGUUAUCCACAAGUGGCUUACUUGUUGCUACGAUUGAUGGGCUGGGGUAUGCCAGGGAUCUCUGUGCUAACGAGUUCAACCUUAUUCAAUCGUGUGCGGAACCUAACUUGGUCCGCUCGGACUCCUGCAAUGGAUCUAAGCUUAGAGUUAACAUCGCUCGCGCGCUACUCUGCGGCCGCUAUAAGCGUAGACCCAUCCCCGCAAGAUUCUGCAAUCCAGCAUUUGGCGAGAUAACCCUAAGGGCGAUUCGAGGCAUUGAGGAUAAGGGCUCCUAUUUCCCAGGCUGGUUCGAGAAGAAUGAUUCAUUCCUCAUAUGCGGACGCAGUAUGCGUGGUUGGAUAGAGGAAUGGUACGCAGAAUUCUCAUCACCAUCCACCAAAGAAAAGCUAAGCUCCGAUGCCCACCAGUACACACUGGACGCCGCAGCAGUAAUGUUCUAUUACCGCAAACGCAUAAUGACUACAACUGAUGGCAGAUUCGGUAUGGCUCCACACAGUUCGAGGUCCGGAGAUCAAGUCUGGGUUCUGUUUGGGUGCAGUGUGCCUGUUGUGCUAAGACAAUAUGGUGAGAGAUGGGAGUUUGUCGGAGAGUGCUACAUGGACGACUUUAUGGAUGGACAGGCUAUUGAGGAGUAUAGGCGCAGAAUACGUGCAGAAAGACAGGUAGUAUUGCACUAA